AUGGGUCAGCUUAUGGAGGUCACUUUGCUACAUUCAAAACAGCAACCAAGGUUCUGCAAUCUGGGUUGUGGUGGCCUACCUUGUUUAAAGAUGCAGCAAGCUUCAUCGCAAAGUGUGAUCCAUGCCAAAGGAAAGGGAAGUAUCACCAAGAGAGAUGAAAUGCCACUGAACCCAAUUCUGGAAGUUGAGAUCUUUGAUGUAUGGGGAAUAGACUUCAUGGGACCUUUCAAGCCUUCCUCAAACGGGCACAACUACAUUUUGGUUGCUGUGGACUAUGUGUCCAAAUGGAUUGAAGCCAUCCCCUGCCCAGCCUGUGAUGCUAAGGUUGUUAUCAAACUGUUCAGAACCAUCAUCUUUCCAAGAUAUGGCAUCCCAAGGGUUGUUAUUUCGGAUGGAGGUUCCCAUUUCAUCAAUAAAGUGUUUGAGAAGUUGAUGAAGAGUUAUGGAGUCAAGCACAAGGUCGCUACACCUUACCAUCCUCAAACCAGUGGGCAAGUUGAGGUCUCCAAUAGGCAGAUAAAGGCCAUUCUUGAGAAGACAGUGAGCUUCACUAGGAAGGAUUGGUCAACAAGACUUGAUGAAGCUCUUUGGGCCUAUAGAACAGCUUACAAAACCCCCAUUGGAAGGUCCCCUUUCAACUUGCUGUAUGGAAAGGAUUGUCACUUACCUGUGGAGGUAGAGUACAAGGCACUAUGGGCAGUAAAGAUGCUGAACUUUGACAUAAAGGCUGCACAAGAGAGAAGAGUAAUGAACUUGUUUGAGUUGGAGAAAUCAGAAUGA